AUGGCUGCGGGCGUGGUUUUCACGCCGUCUGAUCACGACCUCGUGGUCCAUUUCCUCCGCCCGAGGAUCGCCGGCGCCGACGUCUUCGGCCGCGGGCGCUUCUUCCACGACGCCGACGUCUACUCCGCCGCGCCCGCUGACCUGGUCCACGGCCGCGAUCACGCGCCGGGCACGAACAAGCUCGACAGCAAAGGCAUGGACCGGUCGACCUGGUACUUUUUCAGUCCGGCGCAACGCCUGCAGACCAAGAGCGGCCGCGUCGGCGGGAGGCGGCAGGGCGGCGAGAAGCCCGUGCUGGACUCCGACGGUCGCCGCGUCGGGUACAUGAGGAAGCUGUCUUUUCUGAUCAAGAAGACGAUGCCGGGAGAGCCGAUGACACGCGUGGGCUGGUGCAUGACUGAGUAUGAGAUUGAUGGGGACGAAGAUCGGCUCGUGCUCUGCAAGGUCUACCGGUCGCGCUCCCGCAGCAAGAACACGGAGACUGCAUCCAUGGUGGCCGGUUCCAAGAAGAGGAAGGCUGCCGAUGACGACGAGCUGUACGCACUAGGCGUCUACGCAGGCGCAGCAGACGCGGCAAAUCAACACAAGAACGUGUGUCGGCGACAAGAAAUGCCUCCGCGGAUCCAGGAGAUCGAGACGAUGGGCGGCGCCGAACAAGUUAGGAAUCCGUCCGAGAGGGCCGAGGAAGAUGAUGGCCGGGCUGGUGGAGGAAGAGGAUGCGACGAGGACGACGGCCGGUUCGAGUGCAAGUUGGAGGAGCUGCUCGGCGGUGGCGUGUAA